CUAAAAUGGCUGACAGAAAAUCAGUGUGGUCUUAGUGUAGAUGAAGUCUUAGAUAGGAUUUUAGAAGUUAAUUCAGAUUUUUUAGUCAAGAUGUGGAGUUUGAUUUGUCUGAUCGCCUUGACCUUCACACCGGAAGUGACCUCUUAUCCUUAUGGACCUCCACUAGGGGCAUGCGCAUCAAUGUUUCCAAAAGGUCACGGGGUCAAUGCACAAACAAGUGUCUCUCCAUACAAAAUACUGGUCAACGCAACGACAUACAAGCCUAAUGACGUCAUCGAGAUAACGGUGAAUUCGACUGGUCUUCAUGAUGUGACAUAUUUUGAGGGGAUGAUGGUCCAGGCUCGUAGAAUCGCCUGUGAUGUGAGUGACCCCACCAAGAGCCACGGGAUGUUCUCUGUUAUGGAGAGGGAUCAAUUCCUGGAAACAAUGGACUGUGAGAAUAAUAUGAAGAGUGCGGUGGUACACAUGAAUCACUCCCACAUUGAGAAUAAAGUGUUCUACUGGAAAGCAGACUUCUCCUCGUCUGUUGGUCAUCUCGUUUUCAGAGCAACAGUGGUGAAGUCCACGAAAACAUUUUGGGAAAAGAUCUAUUCCCCUGUCAUCAAGGAUGAGACAUCCGAAGAACCACUGACGAUUUGUGAAAAUGGGGCGGAUCAAGUUAAAAUCCAAUCUAUGUUUACAGUGAUCUUUGCCCUUAUGCUGACAAUGUGUAUUACACUGUAGAUGUUAUUUUAAAAGAAAUGCUUGAGAAAAAGAAACAAAUUUACUUGUAUAUACAAAUACUUCAUGAUUAAAUAAAAACUCGACAGUAGCUAUUUUUAAGGUAGAAAACCCUUGCGUAAUACAUGUAAAUAUGUUAACAUUAAUUUUAGAAUUUUGCAACUACUAUAGACUUGAACUGUGCUUUGAAGCCUCUUGUAUAAAAUAUUUUUAUAUUCCCCGAAAACAAAUUUUAAAGGUAUAUACUACAUGUAUAUAGGAAUCAUCUUGUCCGUCUGUCUGUCCGUUGGCAAUGUUGCCUGGUCAGUAAAUUCGAAAUGGAGAAACAUUAUAAACUCAUACUUGACAUAAAGAUUGCUAAUGAUCAGGGAAUAUCUGAUUCCUUGACUAAAAGUUCAAGAUCACUGGCAGAA